ACAGAGCGAGGUCGCCGGCGCUGGGGUAUCAGGAGGACGCGAGCUGACUACCUGACUCCGGACGGCGGCGCAGGACGCCGGCCGCGCGAGGGGCGGGGGCUAAGCGUAUCCAGGGGCGGUGCUGCAGGGCGCGGGAGGCGGGAGAGGCUGCCGCGCCGGUGCCCUGACAGCCGCAGCCCCGCCCCGCCGCGUCCGACCCGGUCCUGUCCCGCAGCGUCCCGCCAGCCAGCUCCUUGCACCCUCCCCGGCCGAGGGGCUCCUCGGUGCUCCCCGCGCAGCAAUGGCUCAGCACUUCUCCCUGGCCGCCUGCGACGUGGUCGGAUUCGACCUGGACCACACUCUGUGUCGCUACAACCUGCCCGAGAGCGCCCCGCUCAUUUAUAAUAGCUUUGCCCAGUUCCUAGUUAAGGAGAAAGGGUACGAUAAGGAAUUGCUCAGUGUGACCCCAGAGGAUUGGGAUUUCUGUUGCAAAGGUUUGGCAUUGGAUCUAGAAGAUGGGAACUUCCUUAAACUUGCAGAUAAUGGCACUGUUCUCAGGGCAAGCCAUGGCACCAAGAUGAUGGCUCCAGAGGUACUGGCAGAGGCAUAUGGCAAGAAAGAAUGGAAGCACUUCUUGUCGGACACUGGAAUGGCUUGCCGCUCAGGAAAGUAUUAUUUUUACGACAACUACUUUGACCUGCCAGGAGCUCUUCUAUGUGCCAGGGUGGUGGACUAUUUAACAAAAAACAAUGGUCAAAAAACAUUUGAUUUUUGGAAGGAUAUAGUUGCUGCUAUACAACACAAUUAUAAAAUGUCAGCUUUUAAGGAAAACUGUGGAAUAUAUUUUCCAGAAAUAAAAAGAGAUCCAGGCAGAUAUUUACACAGUUGUCCUGAAUCUGUGAAAAAGUGGCUUCGACAGCUAAAGAAUGCUGGGAAAAUUCUUCUGUUAAUUACCAGUUCUCACAGUGAUUACUGUAGACUUCUCUGUGAAUAUAUCCUUGGGAAUGAUUUUACAGACCUUUUUGACGUUGUGAUUACAAAUGCACUGAAGCCUGGUUUCUUCUCCCACUUACCAAGUCAGAGACCUUUCCGGACGCUCGAGAAUGAUGAGGAGCAGGAGGCGCUGCCAUCUCUGGAUAAACCUGGCUGGUACUCCCAAGGGAACGCUGUCCACCUCUAUGAACUUCUGAAGAAAAUGACUGGCAAACCUGAACCCAAGGUUGUUUAUUUUGGUGACAGCAUGCAUUCAGACAUUUUCCCAGCUCGUCACUAUAGUAAUUGGGAGACAGUCCUCAUCCUGGAAGAACUCAGAGGGGAUGAAGGCGCAAGGAGUCAGAGGCCUGAGGAGUCAGAGCCUCUAGAGAAGAAAGGAAAAUAUGAGGGACCAAAAGCAAAGCCUUUAAAUACUUCAUCUAAAAAAUGGGGCUCUUUUUUUAUUGAUUCAGUUUGGGGACUGGAAAACACAGAAGACUCCUUGGUUUAUACAUGGUCUUGUAAGAGAAUCAGUACUUACAGCACUAUUGCAAUUCCAAGUAUUGAAGCAAUUGCAGAAUUACCUCUGGACUACAAAUUUACAAGAUUCUCUUCAAGCAAUUCAAAAACAGCUGGCUACUAUCCAAAUCCUCCACUGGUCUUAACAAGCGAUGAGACACUGAUAUCCAAAUAAGUUGUCUUUAUUGGAAAAUGAAGUGAAGACCCAUAUAUGCAGUAAAAAAAAAAAAAAAAAAAUCAAAAAAUACUGUAAAAGACUUUAAGGAACGAGUUUUAUUGACCAAGAAGUUGAUAUUUGCCCAUAGGUCUCCUUUCUAUAAAUCAUCUUGAUGUUUAACAACUCUUAUUAUAUUAAAAUCUUAGUAUCCUAAAACUUAGAACCUUAUUGAUAUUUUCUAUACAAUAGUUUUGUGAUUAGAAUUCACCUGGGGACACACACUCCCACACACAGUCACUCUUACACAUAUGCCUAGUUCAGUGGUUCUCAAAGUGUGAUCCAUAGACUAAUAGCAGAGCAUUACCUGAGAACUUGAUAAUGCACAUUGCAGGCCCCACCCAAAACCUGUUGAAUCAGAAGCUCUGAGAGUGGGGCCUACCAAUCUGUGGUUUAACAAGCCCAUCAGGUGAUUCUAAUUUACACUACAGUUUGAGACCCACCGACCUAGAACAUAUCCUCCAGAGACUUGGCUUAAUUGGUCUGGCUAAAUAUAGCUGAACAUUGUUACCUUUUAUAUGCCCUAGGACUUCCAAAAUCACCCUAUCCAACAAAAUCUUAUUCCUCAGUAUUAAUUCCUCUCAUUGGGAAGAAAUUUGUAGUUGAAACUAUUUAAUUUGAAUUUAAUUUCUGUAAUUGGGAAGGAGGGUAAUAAUGAACAAAAAGUUUGAGAAAAAAUGCUUUAAGGGGUUUUACAGGCAUACUACAGUCCAGGACUGUGGUGUUCUAUGUGCUAUGUAUAGUCAUAUUAGUAGCUAUUUGUUGCAAGAUACUUGAAGCCAAAUGUUUGCAGUAUAGGUUCCUGGCUACUCUUUAAGCUGUGAUUUCACUCUGUCUAUCAUGGGCAGUAUUAGAAAACAUACUGGUUUUCACUAUCUGGUUUUCAAACACUAUCAUUAUUUUACCUGGAUUGUAGUGGAGAAUUGAGCAUAUCAAUGCAUGCAUUGGAAAGAAAAAAAUUUUGUUGAAAUUUGGAAAUGUUCAGCUAAAUCCCAGAUAUACUGUGGGAUGAGUUAUCUCAGGGUAGGUAAAAAAAAAAAAAAAAAAAAAAAAAAAUUACUAAAAUUUUUCCCUCACAGUCAGUAGCUUUCUUUGAUAUUUAACAAUAAGUAUAUAGUGAUAUACUUGAAGUUUAUGUCCAGAAUGUCAUUGGAAUAUUACAAUGAGCAUAAAUAAGCUUAGGACUACAUGAAAGAUGCUAUCUCGUAUAUGCUUUAAAUAGAAAAUUGAUUUCUUUUAAAAAUAAAGCUAUUUUUCCUUAUCCAUGUUUAUUCUGUAAAUGGCAAAUAAUACAUCUUUAAAUACUUAUAAACUACUGUUAAUAUGAAAAAUGAGAACUCCAAAAUAAGAAAUAAUUGCACUUUUUGGGCCACUGAGUAGUGGCGGGGGUUCGGGAGGCAGAAUUCGGUUGUCAGAAGUUCUACGCGCCCCUUUAGCAUUCUACCUAAAGACCCUGAACAAGUUACCACCAAAUUUGGCUUCGGUUUUUUCCAUCUUAUUAAAGGAGAGGUUUAGUUUAUUUCUAAGUUUCCUUCCUUUCUAGCAGUCAGUAUUUCUUCUAAUGAAUGUUUUUUUCUAUAAUUAGCAAGACUAUAAUUUGGUUUUUUAAAUUUGUAUUUCAUUGUUUCUAAAAAGUGCCAGUGUUUCUGAUUGGAUAUGAAGAUUAAAAAUAAUCAUCCAAAUGUGGCACCAAAAAAAUUAAAAAGAAAAUAUUAAAGUAGUUAUAUGAAACAAAAAAAUUGUAUAAAUGGGCAGAAGACAUGUAAUAUUUGCAUACAGGCAAACAUUCAUAAUCUAAAGGACACCUAAAAAUAGAUUUAAGGGAGCGGAGGUUUUCUUUGCUGGCCACUGUUCAUCGCAUCAGCAGAGGAAAGAUCUGAAUGACUCAGUGACCAAAUGUUUUGUCAGAAUCUGGUAUUUGGAAUACUGAGGUAGUAAAAACUUCAACUGAACCAUGAAUUGCAAUCUAAAAUCAACUGAGUUUGUUAAACUCUAAACUGAAAUCAAGUAUUAUUUCCCCACCAAUGUUCAUAUCCAAAAAUAACUUUAAAUACACACACUUUUAGCGAACUGGUUUGAAUGAAAAUAAAUUUAUAUAAUUAUUUUAUAUAACAAAUCAGCAUAAAGUGGAAAAUCAAACUGCCUCUCUAGGUAUAAUAACCUUGACUGAAUGGUAGAAAUACAUGGAUAGCUUUUUAAAAUUUUCAGUGUUGGAGUAACAGUCCCUUACAUCUUUUCAGGCUCUUGAGCACAAGAAGACUAUCCUAACAGUUGGUUCCCAGAUUGGUGCAAGACUGGAAUACACUUGACUGCUUUUGUUAAAGCCAUGACAGCAUACCAAGUAAUUCACCCAGUAUGGUCGUAUGGCCAUCCUUGAAAAUCCCUGGGCAUGGUCCAGUUCACAUGGAAUGAAUUCAAAAAGGUGUCUCUUGUUGGUCUCUAGAACUAUCCUCAGAAAUAAUAGUAAAAUAGUGGUCAUGAGUGCUGACUCCUCACUAGGCUACUUCAUGUACAUUGUCUUGUUUACUCUCUACAGCAACCAUAUGAGAUGCAUAUAAUUAUUAAAUUGUACAGAUGGGAAAACUGAAAUUCAGAGUGAUUAAAUACAAUGCUUGCUCUACGUUACACUGUUACUAAGAGAGCAAUACAUGAACUCAGGUUUGAUCCUCAAAAUCACACUUUUAAUUACUUGAUACAUAAUGUCUUCCAAUGUUGAAUCUAGACUGGGGCAAAUUCUCAGCCCAAAACCACACUUCAAUUUAGCAAUAAUGCCAUUCUAGGACAUAAGAGGGAUUAAAAGUGAAGACACAGUCUCUAUUCUUAAGUAAUUCAUAAUUUAGCCAAAUAUAUUAAAUAUCUGUAAUAUAAAACUUACCUAGGAGAGUAAAAUAGAGAUCUAAGAAUCAUAGGAGUCCUAAAGUAUAUAAUGAAUUUGCUCUUCUUGGAAGCCACACACACCAAGGUCAUCAGUAAGCAGGCCUACUCUUUCUUCGUAUUCUGCGUUAAUGUUCACCUUGACUGCUUGGUAAAUUUCCCUCAGUUGCUGAAGUAACCAAAAUGGAGAAUGAGUGAUGAAAACUCAUCUUUGAGUAAACUUAGUGGGAAAUGGGAUAUCUGGGCCUAUAGAGAAGUUGGGUCAUUACUUACAAUGACAACUAGAAAACUACAUAGACUGCUUGACAAUUACUUUCUUGAACCACGUACCUGUUCACAGACUUUUCAAAAAACAAGUUUGUUUUACUUUUUUUGGUACUUUGGUCAUGUUACUUCCUUGUAAAGAUCAAAGUUUAAUAAAGCUUAACAAAGUUUAAUAAAGAAAAGGAAUAAACUACUAUCUAAAUGUGUUAAAAGCAAUCACCAAGUUUAAUCAACUAAAAAAUAUUCUUUUAAUUUAACGGAAAUGUCAGCAGUUCUUUACAAUGCUUAGCAGCUAAAUUCCGUGAGUAUAACAUUUAAUGUCUUUUUGGUACAUUAAAUGUUCAAUGCCUUUGAUGAAGGGAACAAACUGUUAAAUUUCAUUCAUGUGCAGCAAACAUCAAGAUUACGUAAGUAAAUUCAAAUGCGUUCAUCUGUAACUGUAUGGAAUCCUGUAUUAAAUCAAGGGAUAAAAUGUACUCCUGUCAAAGGCUGUUCAUGAAUGAUUAAACAUAACCUUCAACUGA